AUGGCAGCGAAGCCAAUUUUCGUCGAUGAGCCAUGGAAUCCACAGCCUAGAAAUACAAGUGUCGCCAAUAGAAGUGUCGUUGUUAAAAACCUAUCACCCUCGACAAGCAAGGAGGCGAUAAUCAUUUACUUUCAGAGGCGAAGAAAUGGUGGAGGUGAAGUCGACGAUGUUUGCUUACGAAGCGAAGGUGUAGCAGUUGUUACAUUUGAAAAAGAAGAAGGUUGGUUAGAUCUAUUGAUUUUGAAAAUCAUUUCGAUCGCCUUCAAACUGCAGUCAGCUUUAGUUGAAACACCGAUAACUGCGAUACUUUCACGGAGAUUAACUGUCGAUCCAUGACGAAAUGGCUCGAUUAGCUAUCAAAAUAUCGAAGUCACUUGCUCCAUUUCUUUAUUCAGAGGUGAUUUGAUUCGAGGUGUUUGAAUGUUCUCAUCACUUUCAGCGGCAAUAAACACCAUCGAAAACGGAAGUUUGCUGAAAACGAAACUUUCGAGACAAGCGCUACAAAUUUUCCUCGGGAAAGCCCCUACACCUUCAAUGUUUAGCAGGUCUUGGGAGUCGAAUAUGUAAUCAUCGUAUACAUUCCUUUAUGAAGUGUUGUGGCGUGUAAUUUAAAGAAAGGAAUGAUAAGUGUUCGUCUGGCUUAGAACCAACUGGUGAAAUGUUCAUGUUCACUACAAACAGCUUGCAUGAGAGAAUUUGCAUACACAAGAAACAAUUGGAAAUAUAACUACAAAAGAUGUCACGCAGUCACGAAACAUUAAUUUACAUUUCACGCAUUUCACGCAAGUCACGAUCCUUAAAGAAAAAGAAAAUAGAUUAUCGAAGGUAGAACUUAUGAACAGAACAGAUUUACCUAGAAACGCGUUUGCUACAAUCAACACUCUCUCCUGGAAAUUUAACAUAUUCUACCAAUCAAGCAAAUGUCGAAAUUAAAGAGAAUUUUAGUAGUAUUCGUGUUUGGACAACCACAAUACUAACUGUUUCACUGUUAUUGCUCAAACGUUUUAAGUAGUAAGAUUAGGACAAGGACAGAGAGGGGGGGGGGGGGUUGAUCGCUGGUCGGGUUGGAGAGAAACUAUGAGCAUUUUGUUUGGUAGCGUUAGAUGUCUAUACAACGAACUGUAAAUAUUUAAGCUAAAUUGUAAUCUGUCAUUUUAUGUCCUGAUCAACAAAGCCUAAGGCUCUCUACGAUUUUUGAGCAGGAUCGGUUGCAGGCUGAUCCCAAAUAAUUGAUAUGUGCGGUGUGCAUUGUAAAGAGUUUAAAGGCUGACGUUUCGGGCGUUAGCACAGACGAAGGGCAAACGCUCGAAACGUCAGCCUUUAAACUCUUUACAGUGACCAAUUUGCGUUUCAACUCAGUUGAUGACACUAAAUUACCCCGUUAUACUUUCCCACCAACGCAGCACCACAGUUUCUUUAGAAACUUAUCCCCUUUGCUCAUUUGGUAACAGAGAUAACUGCUUUCAACAAAGCAUUGUUUUGCGUUGGCUCCAUGCAACAUCUCAACAUCUAGAAUCAUGAAACAUAAUUAGUAUAGUUUGUGGUUUCAGUUUAGUUUUAUUGACGAGUUGAUGAUGUAAAUCAGCUAUUGUAAAGACUUUUGAGCGUUAAACCCUUACAAUUAGCUCUGGCGACGGGCUGACGCUCGAAACGUGAGCUUUAGAAAUUUCUUUACGGUGACUAAUAUACGUUAUCAACUCAGCUGAUAAAAAGCAAUGAUUAUCUUGUAAUGGUCUGUAAAAUGUUCCCCCGCCGCAGCACCAUAGUUUAUUCAGAAACUUAUCCCCUUUAAUCCCUUUCAGUCGCAGAGUCUGUUUUGACAAGAGUACACACCAUAGAUGGCGUUCAGGUGAAAGUGGAACGAAAUGUUCAACCAUCAAACCAGGUAUUUUACGCAUAUUAGAUAUAAAAUGAUAUGUAAACCGUAACAGACGAAUUAGAGCACAAACUGGGUGAAGCGGGUAACUCGGCCGGAAGUCCAUGCUGAUGAAGAUGAUAACAUUCCCUCAUAAUGUUUAAAGGUUUGCUUUCUGAAUUUAUUUUCUACCAAAGGGAGCUGUUCAAGCUCUACCUUGUGUACUUUCAUUCUAUCGGGAGGAAAAUUAAAGUCUGUUAUCAAGGACGAACCGGUGAUAAAAUAUUGAUUAAACAACUGAUAAUGUGUUGCACAGCUUAGAAAUAUGUCAAUAUAGGAAUAAUUUUUGACUUACUGCAUACAUUACAACGCUUUCAAGGUGUUUGGCAAAGUGGCCGCCCGUCUCGAUCCACAACCAUUAGGUUUAAGCUUCUCCAGUUUGGAAGAAAUUCUACAAUCUAUCAAAGACAAAGCAGUAGUAGAGAGGAAAAGGAUUUUCGACGGCUUUGUUGUGUCCGGAACAUUUGAGGAAAUAGCAAAAGUCCGCAGCUUAUUACAGAAAAUUAUACCGAUCAGUAGUCAUCAGGGAAAGAGAGAGCCUGUGCAGACAGACUGCAGAAAGUCAGUGUAUCCGAAGGCUAUCAGAGAGUCUCCCCGAGCUGAUAAACCUUUUUUUGAACCAGCCAAUGGUCAAAAACAUCCCAACAGAAACUUGACGGGGAAGGCAAACUUGAGAGAAUCUCAAGGACGAGGAUUGAAUCAGCCCAUAAACAUGGUAAACAGCAAGGAGACAAACAAGGAAGAGGACAAAUUAGUACAUCCGGAGACAUUAACCUAUGGUUCCGCCGUUCCUUUAUUCGACUUCCCUGGUGCUGAGAGCUCGCCUAGCAUAGAACAGAAACGCGAGUCGGUGAAAACAGAACUCCGAAGCAGAGGUAGAAAUCAGAACCAAGCAAAAGCCACAAGGACAGAAGAUUCAAUGACGACAGCGGAGAGGAAAAGGAAAACAGAUGAAGCUAGGAAACUUGAAGAUGAAUUAAAAAAAUCUCAAAUUUUAGGUGUUGGUAAACGAUGGCUAAGCAGGGAAGAAGCAGAAAAGUUUAGUGACCUUGGAGGUCCCCAAAUUAUGGCCCAAAAUCAUAAACGUCCAACAGACUUAAGUGAUUAUAAAAAACACAAAGUGGAGAAUACAUUUCUUGAUGAAAAAAACAUCGAUACCCGAAGAGAAAUUCCCAUUCAAAAAGUAGCGAAUAAAGAAAUUGGUGAGAUGAGUCAAGGAACGACCACUGAAUCCUCUGCAAUAAAGAAAAGUUUUGUCGAGGACGACCCAAAUGAGAGAACAGAAAAUACUGAACUGGUUAUGGUUACGACUUCCGACGAUGCUUCGGGGUCAACCUCAGAACCAGCCCCAUUCCCUUAUGGCACUGAGCUUCGGAGCAACAACCAAAAUCAAGACGAAACAAAGCCAUUUGAAACUCUCUCGAGAAAACAACAGGGUGGUAAUAACAAUGGGCUCAGGGAUGUCAAAGAGAAGGGAAACUCUCCUUUAGACAGUGGGGGAGAAGCCGUGAGAAGUGACCACAUCGAGGAAAAUGAUAUGGAUGAAACGCAACGAAAUGAAAUCUGUGAAAAACAAGUUCAACCGCAAUCAAAGAACCCAAAGAGUCCAAAUGAAAGCAUAAAAGAACUGGAGUCCACAAUUUCUAGGGGGGAGAGCAACCAUAUUAAAUUCUCCACGGAAACUGGUAUCACCGUCGUGUUGCUUGAAGGAGACAUUACGAACCAUCAUGCAGACCUUCUCAUACGUCCAACCAAUCCAUCGCUCUGUCACAAAGAAAGAAUCUCAAAUCAAUUUCAGGACAGAGGGGGUACAUUGUUAAAAGAUGAAUUCCAAAGGAGCACACAAGGCCAAGAAACGCCAAAUUAUGGCGAAGUAUACUUUACUGAUAGUGGUAAUUUACCUUGCAAAGCUAUCCUUCAUGCAAUUCUGCCCCUUUGGACCGAGGAAAAGAAGGAUACGAAGGACCUUAAGCACUUAAUCCACGUGUGUUUAAAGAAAGGGUUGAUUUUGGCAUCACAGCAUGGACACAGAUCGGUUGCGUUACCGCCAUUAGGACAAGAGGGGAAUCCUAUUCCAGUUCGUGUCUCAGCACAGGUGACAACUCGUGUCAUCGCUUCGUUCAGCAGAAGCGUCAGUCCAUUGCACAAUGGAGUCACUGAUUUACACAUUGUGUGUAAUGAUGAUGCCACUUUCAAUGUAUUUGCCAAACAAUUGAGAGAAUUUUCAUUUCGAGACAAACAACGACCAUAUUUCGUACAGGCUGAGGACAAAACAGUACCAUAUCAAAGCAUUGGAAGAUGUGGCACUGAACUCAAAACAGUCGAACUCUCUUCGCUGAAAGGGACACCUCGUCAGGAAAACCAAAAUACGACCAUGUUACCAGUCUCUAAAACGGAUGUAGCCUCACAACCAGCCUCACUUUCUCAUGGCACAAAGAGCAGAAGAAACAAUCUAAUUCGAAACGAAACAAAGCCUUGUAAAGCUCUUCCGAAAAAUCAACAAGAUGAUGAUGAUAACAGUAGGCUGAAGAAUGUCAAAGAGGAAGAAAACGCUUUUCUCGAGAAUGGAGGAGAAGCUGUAACAAAUCACCCCAAAGACGAAACAAUGUUUACUGAAGCGCUAAAACAAAGUGAAAUAUGUGGAGAAGAAGCCCACCAACAAUCAAAGAGCCCCAAUUCAGAUGAAAGCAUUGAAGAUGCGGAGUCUUCAACAAUUGUGAUGGGUAACAACCAUGUUAAAUUCUCCACAGAAACUGGUAUCACCGUCAUGUUACUUAAAGGAAAUGUAACAAGUCACAAUGCAGACGUUCUUAUUAGUCCUGCUAAUCCAUCACUUUGUUACAAAGAGGGACUAUCUAGGCAGAUUCAAGAGACAGGGGGCAGAUCUUUAAAAGAUGAAUGCCUUAUGAUCACUCAAGGACAAAAAAUGUUAAAAUAUGGAGAGGUGCUUGUUACCGGUAGUGGUAAUUUACCUUGCAAAGCUGUUCUUCAUGCUAUUCUGCCCCUGUGGACCGACGACAAGGAGGAUAAGAAAGAGCUGAAGUGCCAAAUCCACGCUUGUCUUAAAAGUGGGCUUAUUUUGGCAUCAGGACACAGACACAGAUCGGUUGCUUUCCCUCUAUUAGGACAGGAGUGGAAUCCCAUUCCAGUUCAAGUGUCAGCAGAGGUGAUCACUCGUGUCAUUGCCACGUUUAGCGAAAGCGUUGGUCCAUUACACAGUGGAGUUACCGAUUUCCACAUAGUAUGUGAAGACGACGCCGCUUUCAAUGUAUAUGUCAAAGAGUUGAGAGAAUUUUUAUUUCGAGACAAACAACGACCACAUUUCGUACAGGCUGAGGACAAAACAGUACCAUAUCAAAGCAUUGAAAGAUAUGACACUGGGCUCAAAACAGAUGAACUCUCUUCGCUGAAAGGGACACCUUGCCAGGAAAAUCAAAAUGUUACCAUGUUACCUGUCUCUAAAUCGGAUUUAACAUCACAGCCAGCCUCAUUUUUUCAUGGCACAGAGAGCAGGAAAAACCGUCUAACUCAAAACGAAGCAAAACCUUGUAAAGCUCUUCCGAAAAAUCAACAAGAUGAUGAUGAUAACAGUGGGCUGAAGAAUGUCAAAGAGGAAGAAAACGCUUUUCUCGAGAAUGGAGGAGAAGCUGUAACAAAUCACCCCAAAGACGAAACAAUGUUUACUGAAGCGCUAAAACAAAGUGAAACAUGUGGAGAAGAAGCCCACCAACAACCAAAGAGCCCCAAUUCAGAUGAAAGCAUUGAAGAUGCGGAGUCUUCAACAAUUGUGAUGGGAAACAACCAUGUCAAUUUCUCCGCAGAAACUGGUAUCACUGUCAUGUUACUUAAAGGAAAUGUAACAAGCCAUAAUGCAGACGUUCUUAUUAGUCCUGCUAAUCCAUCACUUUGUUACAAAGAGGGACUAUCCAGGCAGAUUCAAGAGACAGGAGGCAGAUCUUUAAAAGAUGAAUGCCUUAUGAUCACUCAAGGACAAAAAAUGUUAAAAUAUGGAGAGGUGCUUGUUACCGGUAGUGGUAAUUUACCUUGCAAAGCUGUUCUUCAUGCUAUUCUGCCCCUGUGGACCGACGACAAGGAGGAUAAGAAAGAGCUGAAGUGCCAAAUCCACGCUUGUCUUAAAAGUGGGCUUAUUUUGGCAUCAGGACACAGACACAGAUCGGUUGCUUUCCCUCUAUUAGGACAGGAGUGGAAUCCCAUCCCAGUUCAAGUGUCAGCAGAGGUGAUCACUCGUGUCAUUGCCACGUUUAGCGAAAGCGUUGGUCCAUUACACAGUGGAGUUACCGAUUUCCACAUAGUAUGUGAAGACGACGCCGCUUUCAAUGUAUAUGUCAAAGAGUUGAGAGAAUUUUUAUUUCGAGACAAACAACGACCACAUUUCGUACAGGCUGAGGACAAAACAGUACCAUAUCAAAGCAUUGAAAGAUAUGACACUGGACUCAAAACAGAUGAACUCUCUUCGCUGAAAGGGACACCUCGUCAGGAAAACCAAAAUACAACCAUGUUACCAGUCUCUAAAACGGAUUUAGCCUCACAGCCAGCCUCAUUUUCUCAUGGCACAGAGAGCAGAAGAAACAAUCUAAUUCAAAACGAAACAAAACCUUGUAAAGCUCUUCCGAAAAAUCAACAAGAUGAUGAUGAUAACAGUGGGCUGAAGAAUGUCAAAGAGGAAGAAAACACUUUUCUUGAGAAUGGAGGAGAAGCUGUAACAAAUCACCCCAAAGACGAAACAAUGUUUACUGAAGCGCUAAAACAAAGUGAAAUAUGUGGAGAAGAAGCCCACCAACAUUCAAAGAGCCCCAAUUCAGAGGAAAGCAUUGAAGAUGCGGAGUCCUCAACAACUGUGAUGGGAAACAACCAUGUCAAUUUCUCCACAGAAACUGGUAUCACCGUCAUGUUACUUAAAGGAAAUGUAACAAGUCACAAUGCAGACGUUCUUAUUAGUCCUGCUAAUCCAUCACUUUGUUACAAAGAGGGAAUAUCUAGGCAGAUUCAAGAGACAGGGGGCAGAUCUUUAAAAGAUGAAUGCCUUAUGAUCACUCAAGGACAAAAAAUGUUAAAAUAUGGAGAGGUGCUUGUUACCGGUAGUGGUAAUUUACCUUGCAAAGCUGUUCUUCAUACUAUUCUGCCCCUAUGGACCGACGGCAAGGAGGAUAAGAAAGAGCUGAAGUGCCAAAUCCACGCUUGUCUUAAAAGUGGGCUUAUUUUGGCAUCAGGACACAGACACAGAUCGGUUGCUUUUCCUCUAUUAGGACAGGAGUGGAAUCCCAUCCCAGUUCAAGUGUCAGCAGAGGUGAUCACUCGUGUCAUUGCCACGUUUAGCAAAAGCGUCGGUCCAUUACACAGUGGGGUUACUGAUUUCCAUAUAGUUUGUGAGGAUGCAGCAAGUUUCAAAGCGUUUGCCAAAGAAUUGGAAGAAUUUUCAUUCCCACAUAAACAACAAAAACAUUUUGUGACAAGAAAAUCACCGGAUGAGAUAUUUUGUCAAAGUGCAGCUUUUUCGAUUAGUCUUAAACCAGAUUCAGUGCCUAAGGAAGAUAAUGGAAUGACCCAAAUGGUCUCACCCAGAGAAGAAAUUGUCACAUCCUUAACUGAAAUUAAAUCAAGUGAAGAGCUAUCCGCCAGGAACGAGGAAAUGACAACGAUCGAAGUAGAUGAUUUUGCGAGGCCUGUGGAAGUUCAAGCGUUCGAAAUACUGGAAGCAACGUCUGGAAGACGCUUACCUCAACUUGUUGGAGAACUAUCUCAAAGUUUCCCCGAUGGAGAGAGUAUAAAGAGGGAAAUGGGGGAGGAGUUGAAAAGGGAUGAAUUUGAAGAGCAGGUCACUGAAAACCAUGAUUUUGAAAAGAAAUCUUCAGCACAACUACAACAGUCUACAGCUGUCGACCCGUUUUCUAAACGAGAAGCGAUGGAGCAACACCACGCUCAGCGCAGCAUAAGACACAUCACAAAUCUUCCUCCGUUAUCAAUGGGCAUGGACAAAAUAAUUCGAAGGAGUUCAAAUUCGUCCUCUCUUCAUGAUGGUGGAAGACUGUUAGAGGGUUUCAUGUCGCCCACUAUUGAGUCCCUCAUUAAUGCCGAUCUUCACCUCGGUGCUCAAGGAUUAAAACUUUUACAUGACGAUGAUGACGAUGUAAAGAAAAAAGAAGACCUGGAGGAAAGCUCUUCGCUUAAUUCACAUGAAAAAAAUUCUUCAACUGCCUCAAGUGUUCCGCACUUAAUUUGCCUUCAGAGCAAUGACAAUAUGCUACACAAUUCUAGAAGGAAAGUUGAAAAAAUCCUUGAUUCCAACAUGGAACUUGAAACUCCUGAUAUUUUGGAAACAACAAUUCAAAACAGUCCUUCAUUGAGGACGAUAGACGACGAAAACGGAUUGCAGACGCUUCCUGAGAAAAAUGGUAGGUGAUGACGUAUUGAGUUUUCCUGGAGUUUAACUUAACCUUGACCCAUCUAGUUGGUCUUAGGAAAUAAAAUAAAAACUGAAAAAAUAUCUGUGCAAAGUCAUAUUAUACUAAACGCAUCAGGCGUGCUACAUAGUUAGGAAAAAUGUUGCGGUUUGUAUCGUACCUGGAUAAUGUUUCUUUUCAGGAAGAAAAGACCAAACUGGGUCUGAUAGAUAUUGUUUUUAAUCAAAUAUAUUUAAAAAUAAACAUUCUUGAUAGAAAUAUUGGUGAUUAAAGUGGCUCAAAAUGGUUUACCUAUUUCCAAAAUUUUAAAGGAAACAGGCGAAAAUAUGUGAUAGUAUUAACUAUCAAGGAAUUGGUGUGAUGAAAAACGAAACCAUCUUGAGUUAUCUUAAAUGGAAUAAGAUUGACUCACAUGUCGUCACGUGUUCUAAUUUUAAACUAAUUAUACAUUUAUCUGUUUCUUAGUUUCAGCAGAAACUGCACAGCUGCAGAGUGCCCGCAUCCUCUGUGCUCUCUGCCAGGAAGCGGUGGAUCAAUUGGCCCCAGAAAAUUCAAACACUUGUGAAAAGCACAAGUUCUGUUACGACUGUAAACAGAAAGCUUUCUCAUUUAGUGAUGACUGUCCCGCUUGUGCUGAUGCAUAUGGCUUGACAAAUCUCAAAAGAGUUGACAUUGCUACCCUCAUACGUAGAUCUGACCAUGAUACCAAAGGUACGUAAGAGACCUAAAUUAAGAUCCCUUGUUUAAUUAUCAGAAUGUUGAGAUGGACCGAACAAAUAAGAUAUUAAUAACUAGCCUCAGACAAAACCGCUGUCAUUCAUUUUUUGAAGGCUCUUUUCUAUGAAUUAUGUUGAUUGAUUUACGAGUUUUGAAUUUUUCUUUGAGACAGUUUCCUAUUGAUUGUUAAGAAUAUGCCCAACCCUAUGUCUAUUUAUUUGUUUUAAUCUCUAUAUUUGUUAAUUUUCACUUUCAAUCUAUUCAUUCACUUUUUCGUUUCACAUACAGACACUCACCCUUCCACAUCCGACUCAAUCCCACUCGUGGAACGCCCCAGCAGUGCCUACAGGUCAGUCGGUCCCCAAGGCAACCAGCCUCCUGGAGAAAUGAUGUGGAAAAAGUAUUCGGAAGAUCUUACUGGUUUCGAAGGUUAUGGCACAAUUGUUACAACUUUCACUUUCUAUGAUGGAGUCCAAAGCCCUGAACAUCCAACCCCAGGCAAAUCAUACAAGGGCAUAUCGUGUAUGGCCUACUUUCCUGACUCGCAAGAGGGAAAACAGGUUCUGAAAUUACUUAGAAAAGCUUUUGACGCCCGCCUGGUAUUUACUAUUUCACAAACUGCUCCCGAAGAGUUCGGUCAGGUGGUGUUGGAUGGAUUAGAACUGAAGACCACAGCUGAAAGUUAUUUCAGGUUAGGGCUCCGUCAAUCCGCUUGGGUCUUCACAUCUGGGGGCCAUCGUUGAUCCAGUUUGAAUCAGGGUAGUUAAAUAUUAUCAACUGUGUUGAUAACGCAAAUUGGUCACCGUAAAGAGUUUCAAAGCUGACGUUUCGAGCGUUAGCCCUUCGUCAUAGCGAAUCAGUCUCGUUCGUUUAGGAAAAGGUAAGGUAUUUUCGGUAAAAAAAAAACAAGAAGCAAUUUCAAAAGAGUAAAACAAUAGCGUAAUUCAGCAAUCUGAAGUGAGUGAAUUUCGAGGAAUGAUUAUAAAAAUUUUCCGCUCCACUCAACGAGAUUUUUCGCAAGGUGUUGGUAAAUAUGAUUGCAUUUUACAUUUAGCAUUUCUUUGGAAUUUUAGGCCUUGUCAAAUCUUGAAAUAUUUUCUCUUCUUAAUUGUAAUCCAGUUUUACCUCUAUAAAUCUUCAGGAAUGGUCAGCCAGACGUCGACUAUUUUUCAAGACUAAAAGGACAGUUGGCAGCUAAAGGAAUUUGCUGA